CGUCAAUCAAUCUCUCAGGUCCAUCUCCACCCCCGCGACCAACAAAGAACAAACUAAACGACACGACCGAAGCCACAACCCUUUCCACCAAACGAAUCUAAGUCGACCAUAUUUUGGACACAAACAUACAAACGAGCAAAAGCGCCGAUUUCAUCACCGGCACCAAAAAUAUUGCAUCUGAAUCAUCAUCACGCUACACCAGGACCCCGGAUUUCGCACCAAGCCCUGCCGUGCCGCGUCAGGCUGUUUCUCGCUCGUCCUCCUCUUCUGGACCUCGACGUUCAAUUGGCGCUGAGAGCGCACGUAUACUAUUUCCAACAAUCGACGUAAUCGACGAGAUCUGCAUCAUCGAGUUUGACAUGCCGUUUGUCAUAUUCCCGAUAAGAUACCGAUAAUCCGACCUUACCCCAACGCCAUCAUCACCAAGAUCACACCCUCAAGUCGCAGAGCACAUCCCUUGGAAGGGAGUAGGAGGUAGUAAACAUGGGUAACAACCCGUCUUCGUCCUCCAAACCGACCACGCCGACAACCUCGGCUCCUGGUUCGGCCCACGGUCAUCAUCAUGGCCAUGAAUCUCCCCGACAUCAUCUCCGGAAAGAUGCCCGCAAUAUCAUCACCGGUCACGCGCAUCGCUCUGCCGCGCCUCCAGAGCCUUCUAUGGCGCAAGCCCAAGGCUCAACCGUCAUCAAUCGACCAAAGAGCUUGCCUCCUACUGCUGUCUCGUCUCUGAGCGGCUCUCCUCAUAGCAACUUCGCCGCUGUUCACAAGACUGCUUCUUCAUCAGAUGCUAAGGGCAUCGCUGAGAAACAUGCAGCUGGAACUCCUGAGCCUAAGCCUGCCGAGAGCAAACCCGCCGAGUCUAAACCUCAGUACCGCGACGAACCUACCAAGCCUGUCGAUGUGCCUAUGGAGUCUUCUUCUCUUCGAUCACACCAAUCCGCUCACGUAAAUGACACAGCUCUUAUUCCCAAUAGCAGCAUCACGGAUAUGUAUCUGACUCGACCCCCGCGCUUACCCCUCCCUAUCGAUGAGGAGGUUCACACCCCUGGAUCACCUAUUUUGGCACCAGAGUCAGAUCUGUCGAUACCUGACAUUGAGCCUAUUGACUCGGACACCAUCACACGCAAGAGUUCUGCCCUCAGUGCUACUACAGUUGAUGAAGAGGAUGGUGAGGAGCUGCGGGUUGAUAAGACGAGACCUGUCGUUCAGACCAAGCUGGAGUGGCUGAGCGGAGGUGACAAGGUUUAUGUGACAGGUACCAUCUUUCAAUGGAAUCGCAAGCAACGAUUGCAUCCCAUCGAGGGUCGUCCUGGUUGUUUCUCGACAACAGUCUAUGUUCUUCCAGGUACACACCAUGUCCGCUUCCUGGUGGACGGUAUCAUGCAGACAUCUCCUGAUCUGCCAACCACCGUCGACUUUGGCAACAACCUUGUCAACUAUAUCGAAGUGAGCCCCGACGAUGCUCACAAGAAGCAAGUUCCUGCACCUCCUGCCGGCCCCCAAGCCGAGGCUCAAGUUGCCGCUGCUGCUCAGACAGUAUCACAAGCUCAGGAGAAAGCUUCGAAACCACCGCCCCAGCCAAAGGGCAAGCCCGUGCCCCCUCCAGAAUCGUACCGAAGCCAGAUUCCACAGUACCUGGUGGACUUUGAUCAAGCCGAGGAUUCGCAAGCAUACCAGUAUGCUGUCAAUGCCAUUGAGAGGCUACCAAAUCCUCCUGCGCUACCAGGUUUCCUGAGCAAGCCUAUCUUAAAUGCGGCGACCCUUAUGAAAGAUGACAACAGUGUGCUCAACAUGCCAAACCAUACGAUUCUAAAUCAUCUUGCCACUAGCAGCAUCAAGAACAACAUUCUUGCUGUUUCAGCUACUACUCGAUACAGAAAUAAGUAUGUCACAACAAUCGUCUACAAGCCCACAUCCUCAGAUGAUUGAUAAGACACGAUGGACGAACAUAAUGAUUGGGUCAUGAGUCAGAACCCCUUAUGCCUUGGGCCUGCUUUCAGACAUGCGGGCUUGGGUUACGAUGUGAUGUUGAAUGCUUGCUAUGUAUUAGAGGUCUGGGAGAUAAACAAGGAUUGGCUGUUUAGUAUUCUUAGUUUUGAUGGAGGAGCAGUGGUGACGGGUUACAUAGUGAUGGCGACAUGAGCUGAGAAUAACGAGGGAUGUCAAGGAUUCUUGACGCCAUGAUGAAGCUGAUGCGAGAAAGCUCAUGGAUCAGCUUCAGCAAAUACACAUAAACAUAUCUGACUAU